CUGAGGAGUGAGCCAUCUCGCUCCCUUCCUAUCUCUGAAAGUCGCGCAUGUGCAGUAGCGACAUAACAAAGCACAAUGGCGGCGUCCGUUGCAACUCCAUUGCGAACCAGGAAGUCAAAAGUGUUGGAGAGUUUCACCCUUAACUUAGCCCCAAAAAAACUACCUGCACUAUGUGUAAGGCGGAAUUUGCUUUCCCUGUGAGCACUUCCGUUAUGCACGAGCAUUUGAGGAGGAGGCACGUUGCACAUCGUAACGUAGACGAUGCAGACUCGCCUCGUAGACGAGGAGGAGCUCAUGGACCCUGGUGUCAUGGAGGCUGAGAGGGAAGGUGAUGACUGUGACACCAGCGGGAGCGAAGAGCUCAGGCUCGUCCUCAUCGGAAAAACAGGAAGUGGCAAGAGUGCAUCUGGAAACACCAUCUUGGGCCGGAAGCAGUUCCUGUCUCAGAUCAGCGGCGACUCCGUCACAAAAAUCUGUGAGCUUGAGAGCGUCGUGCUCACAGAGGAAGAGGAGGAGGAGGGCCAGGCUGGCACACAGAGGAAGAUGAGGAGGAGAGUCUCGGUGGUUGACAUGCCAGGUUUCGGGGACACUCGCUUCAGCAGGGAGCAGAUUAUUGAAGAAAUAACCAAUUGUGUGUGUCUCUCUGCCCCCGGGCCUCAUGCCUUCCUCCUGGUGGUGCCAAUAGGACGAUACACAGAAGACGAGAACAAGGCUGUUAGUGAGAUGUUAAAGAUAUUUGGGGAGGAGGCACUCUGUCACCACACUCUGGUUCUUUUUACCAGAGGUGAUGACCUGGAGGGGAUGGGGAUUGAAGAGUUCCUGAGUAAUAAUGUGCCUGCUGAGCUCAAGGCUCUGAUUGACAGGUGUGGCGGCAGGUACCAUGUCCUCAACAACAGAGACACAAGUAACUCAGGGCAAGUGAAAGAACUCCUGAUGAAGCUGGACAUGAUGGUGAGGCAGAGCACCACAGGGUUUUAUACCAACGCAAUGUUUUCAAAGGCGGAAGCUGCCAUCAGGGAGGAGCAGGAAAGGAUGUUGAGGAAGCAAGGGGACGAGGAAGAACAAGGGGGGACUUCAACUAUGAGACAGGAGGCUGCGCUCUCUGCUAAUGUCCGGGACAGAGUAAAGAUCAUGGUAGCUGCUGUAGCCACGGGUGUGGCCGUCGGGACAAUAGUUGGCAUAGCAGACCCUUUGGAGGCUGCAGGUAAACUAGGCACGGGGGUUGGGAAAGCUGUCGGGGCCAUGAUGGCAGCAGCUUCAGAGAAAACGUCCCUGGCAAUGGUAGCAGUAAUAGGUGGGGCCGUGGGCGGUUCUAUGGCAGCCAUGAUUGGCACUGGGGCUGCCAGUCCAAGGGAGGGUGCUUUGGAUACUCUGGGGCAGGUUAGUGUCAUCGGGGCCCCUGCUGUUGGGAGGGCAGCAGGAGUUGGAGCGUCCUUGGGAGCUGGGGCGGCUAUAGGUGCAGCUCUGGAGGGAGCAGCUGAAACUGCAGGAGUAGGUGCCAGCACGGUCCCCGUCAGACCCUUCGGGAAAUGUGGGGGAAACAACUACCAUCUAGAAGCUAUCACAGACGAGGAGGAGCUCAUGGACCCUGGUGUCAUGGAGGCUGAGAGGGAAGGUGAUGACUGUGACACCAGCUGGAGCGAAGAGCUCAGGCUCGUCCUCAUCGGAAAAAAAGGAAGUGGCAAGAGUGCAUCUGGAAACACCAUCUUGGGCCGGAAGCAGUUCCUGUCUCAGAUCAGCGGCAGCUCCGUCUCACAAAUCUGUGAGCUCGGGAUCGUCCUGCUCGCAGAGGAAGAGGAGGAGGAGGAGGAGGACCAGGCUGUCACACGGAGGAAGAGGAGGAGAGUCACGGUAGUUGACAUGCCAGGUUUAGGGGACACUGACCUCAGCAGGGAGCAGAUUCAUGAAGAAAUAGCAAAGUGUGUGUGUCUCUCUGCUCCCGGGCCUCAUGCCUUCCUCCUGGUUGUGCCAUUAGGACGAUACACAGAUGACGAGAACCAGUCUGUUAGUGAGAUGUCAAAGAUAUUUGGGGAGGAGGCACUCCAUCACCACACUCUGGUUCUUUUUACCAGAGGUGAUGACCUGGAGGGGAUGGGGAUUGAAGAGUUCCUGAGUAAGACUGCGCCUCCCGGGCUCAAGGCUCUGAUUGACAGGUGUGGCAGCAGGUACCAUGUCCUCAACAACAAAGACCAGAAUAACUCAGAGCAAGUGAAAGAACUCCUGAUGAAGGUGGACAAGAUGGUGAGGCAGAGCACCACAGGGUUUUAUACCAACACAAUGUUUUCAGAGGCAGAGGCUGCCAUCCGGGAAGAGCAGGAAAGGAUGUUGAGGAAGCAAGGGGAUGGGGAAGAACAAGGUGGGACUUCGACUUGUAUGAGACAGGAGGCUGCGCCCUCUGCCAAGGUCCUGGACAGAGUAAAGAUCAUGGUAGCUGCUGGAGCCACGGGCAUGGUAUUCGGGACAAUGUUUGGCAUAGCAGUGCCUUUGGCGGCUGCAGCUUGGGCUUCCCUUGUGGGAAAAUUAGUGGGUUUCGUUGCAGGUAAACUAGCAGGGAUGUCUGUAGCGGAAGGCACAGGGGUUGGGAAAGCUGUGGGGGCCAUAGUGGCAGCAGCUUCAGGGAAAACGGCACUGGUGCUGGGAGCAGAAACAGGUUGGGCCGUCGGCGGUUCUAUGGGAGCCAUUGUUGGCAUUAGGGCUGCCAGUCCAAGGGAGGGUGCUUUGGAUGCCCUGGGUCAGGUUAGUUCCAUCGGGGCCUCUGCUGUGAGGAUGGCAGCAGGAGUUGGAGCAUUCUUGGGAGCUGGGGCAGCUCUCGGUGUAGCUCUGCAGGGAGCAGCUGUCAGCACAGCCGCCCUCGGUACAGCUGAAACUGCAGCAGUAGGUGCAGCCAACGUGUCUGUAACUCAGGGUGGUUCAGCUUCAGCAGCACUGUCUACCACUGUAGCACCUCAGGGUGCUGCUGCAGGAGCAGUCUUAGCUCAGGGUGGUUCAGCUUCUGAAGCACUGUCUACACCUGUAGCACCUCAGGGUGCUGCUGCAGGACCAGUCUUAGAUCAAUUUAAUACAGCCCGCGAGUGGAGCUGUUUCUACCAUCUAGAAGCUAUCACAGACAAGGAGGAGCUCAUGGACCCUGGUGUCAUGGAGGCUGAGAGGGAAGGUGAUGACUGUGACACCAGCUGGAGCGAAGAGCUCAGGCUCGUCCUCAUCGGAAAAACAGGAAGUGGCAAGAGUGCAUCUGGAAACACCAUCUUGGGCCGGAAGCAGUUCCUGUCUCAGAUCAGCGGCAGCUCCGUUACACAGAUCUGUGAGCUCGGGAGUGUCGUGCUCACAGAGGAAGAGGCAGCCAAGGAGGAAGAGGAGAACCAGGCUGUCACACGGAGGAAGAUGAGCAGGGUCACGGUGGUUGACAUGCCAGGUUUCGGGGACACACACCUCAGCAGGGAGCAGAUUCAUGAAGAAAUAUCCAAGUGUGUGUGUCUCUCUGCCCCCGGGCCUCAUGCCUUCCUCCUGGUUGUGCCAUUAGGACGAUACACAGACGACGAGAACCAGGCUGUUAGUGAGAUGUCACAGAUAUUUGGGGAGGAGGCACUCCAUCACCACACUCUGGUUCUUUUUACCAGAGGUGAUGACCUGGAGGGGAUGGGGAUUGAAGAGUUCCUGAGUAAGACUGCGCCUCCCGGGCUCAAGGCUCUGAUUGACAGGUGUGGCAGCAGGUACCAUGUCCUCAACAACAAAGACCUGAGUAACUCAGAGCAAGUGAAAGAACUCCUGAUGAAGGUGAACAUGAUGGUGAGGCAGAGCACCACAGGGUUUUAUACCAACGCAAUGUUUUUAGAGGCGGAGGCUGCCAUCAGGGAGGAGCAGAAAAGGAUGUUGAGGAAGCGAGGGGAAGAACAAGGGGGGAACAGCAGCAGCAGCAGCAUUAGCAGCAUGGAGGAACUGGUGAAACGAAGGAAGUGUCACCUAGAGGCUGACGAAGCAGGGAGCAGCACGAGAGGAUCACAAGGGUUCAGGGGGAGGGAGUUAGAGAGAGGAAAUGAAGAUGAUUUUAGGGUGGAGAGAUGGACAGAGGAGAGCAAAUGCAGUGCUUUCAGUCUCCUCAGGGACAGAUUUAAACAAAGCAGGGACCAGUUCAGAGGGAGACACAAGGGCCACAGCAGGCGACACUUGCGCUGUUCCUACUUGACUCGUAUGAGACAGGAGGCUGUGCUCUCUGCCAAGGUCCUGGACAGAGUAAAGAUCAUGGUAGCUGCUGGAGCCACGGGCAUGGUAUUCGGGACAAUGUUUGGCAUAGCAGUCCCUUUGGCGGCUGCAGCUGGGGCUUCCCUUGUGGGAAACUCUGUGGGUUUCGCUGCAACUCAACUAGCAGGGAUGUCUGUAGCGGGAGGCACAGGGGUUGGGAAAGCUGUGGGGGCCAUAGUGGCAGCAGCUUCAGGGAAAACGGCCCUGGCAGUGGGAGCAGCAACAGGUGGGGCUGUGGGCGGUUCUAUGGGAGCCGUUGUUGGCACUGGGGCUGCCAGUCCAAGGGAGGGUGCUUUGGAUGCCCUGGGUCAGGUUAGUUCCAUCGGAGCCUCUGCUGUGGGGAUGGCAGCAGGAGUUGGAGCGUCCUUGGGAGCUGGGGCUGCUAUAGGUGCAGCUCUGGAGGGAGCAGCUGUUGGCACAGCCGCCCUUGGUGCAGCUGAAACUGCAGCAGUAGGUGCAGCCAACGUGUCUGUAGUUCAGGGUGGUUCAGCUUCAGCAGCCCUGUCUACCACCAUAGCACCUCAGGGUGCUGCUGCAGGAUCAGUCUUAGCUCAGGCUGAGUCUGUUGGUACUGUAUGUGGGUUCACAGGUCCGGGUGGGGCCUGCCUGGUCCCGUCAGAUCCUUUGAGAACUGUGGGGGCAACAAAUCGUAUUUUGUCCGUAGUAGCAGAUAUAAGCAAGGCUGUAGCAAGCAUCGCCGUGGCUGGAGGUCUGGUAGUGAAGGUGGUAAAGGAAAAAGUCAGAUGUGGCACACAAACAACAGAAACAAAUUACUCAGAGAAAAAGGCUUAUGAGAUCUACUGGAACAAAUAAAUACAUCCUGAGAAUGGAGUUGUUUUCUAGUUAAUAAAUGUAUAAUCAUAUUUUCUCUUGAUGAAAUCCGACACUCUAAAGUAACUUCAGUCUGUGUUGCUAUUAAAACACCUAAAAUAUUCAGUAGCUGGAGCAUUGUGGUGUUAAACUGGUAAAAGGCUGGUGUGAGAGUUUAGUGAUAUUUUCAGUAUGAUGACAGGUGAAGGAUAUUAGUUAUUAGAUAUAAGUUCACUUGAGAUUUAUUUUUUCCAAGCAAAUUUGUAUAUGAAUCGAUUGUUUUAAGGUUGUAACUCAUCUUCCAGCUGAUUGGUUUAGAACAAGAACUCAAGUCUUUUUAUAGAAAUAAAGAAAAGAAGAAAGAAAAAGACAAAAGAAGUAUUAGAAAGUAUUUUAAAUCCUAAAGGCUGACAGAGGAUUGUGUGUUUUUUUGUGUUUCACUUGCCACUUUAUCUGCAAAGUGUUUAAUAGAUUUGAACAUCCAGCACCAGCUGCUGUAAAUGUAUCACCAGUUCACUCCUGUUCUGACAUUUGUUGCAGUCAAAUGAGCACUAAAGACAAUAAAGUAUUUGAAUGAC